AUGAGUUCGUCAAGAAAAGAAGAUUUACCUUCAAAACCUACUGGAUCAUCUGCAGUAUCAAAAAUAACUGAAGGCUGGUUAGCAAAAAAAAAUCAUUCUUCAUCCAAAUUGUAUAAUUUUCGAUGUCCAUACACUUUACGCAAGACUGAACAAUUUAAAUAUAAUAAUCAACUUUGGACUGUAGGUGAUAUUGUAUCUUUACAUGAGUCAAAAUCAUCUAAAAUCUUUUAUGCGCAAAUUAUUGAAUUACAUGAAAAUGAUUUGUGUGAAAAUCGAGCAAAAAUCUUCUGGUUGGUACCUAAAGCUAACAUUGGAGUAACAGAUGAAUCAAAAAAAGUACAUCAUGACACUUUUAAACCUACUGAAUUUGUACAUAUUUCUAUUGACGAGAGAUUUAUAUCCAUGGAUUGCUUAACAUUUGUUAUGAAUGUUCCAAACUUAUUUGAGUAUAGACAACAUGUUGGUACCGAUUACUUAGUCAAUACAUAUAUUGCACCACAUUCUGAAAAAUAUGGAGAAUCCUCGUCAGAAUCUGAUGGAAACAAAGGAAAAAGACCAAAAUGUAGAAUCACACAGCUUUCAGCUACUUAAAAAAUGUUCAUGAUUUGGCUGUAUUCUAAUUGACACCUUUUUUAUAUUCUCCAGUCAAUAUUGUUUUGAAAAACUAAAAAGUAAUGAA